GGAGAGUGAUCUUUUUUUCACAUCUAUUGAAUCUCUCAGAGAUCGCCUUGUCGCGCGGCCUGAGGAGGGACCCCAUAGAUCACAGAAUGCUUCAGCCACCGAGAGAUCGACGUUUCCACAGCAUCUUCCACUUCGCCUUCUGAUAUCGCGGACUUUCCAGCGGACGGCGUGAAAGUGGGGAAUUGUUGGAGACCUCCAGAUUCGCGAAAUGUUGGAAUGGAAGGCGCAGACUCUGACUCGCCGUCUCAAACAGGAGUAUGAAGUGCUUCGCGGAUCUGGGCUCAACGAGAGACAAACUUGGUUUUCUUUGGAUAUCACUAAACGCUCGCGGGGAAAUACACUAGCGCGGAUAACGAGACGUUCGGCGCAGACUUUGCAACAUGGCCUCGGCUGUUAAUGUCUCCUCCGAGCAGGAAAACAGAGACCCCGAUCGGCCGAGGUUAACACGGAGAAAUAGGGGCAACUAUCGGACCGCCGCGGCGGAUUUGGAGUAUUUGCAGCGACCGAGCUAUUGCGAUGCUGCCUUUGCAUUGGAACAGAUAUCAGAGGGGAAGGCGACUGGGAGGAAAGCGCCGCUGUGGUUGAGAGCAAAGUUUCAAAGACUUUUGUUUAAACUUGGCUGUUACAUACAAAAGAACUGCGGAAAGUUUUUAGUUGUGGGCCUUUUAAUAUUCGGAGCUUUUGCUGUUGGCUUAAGGGCAGCUAAUCUGGAGACGGAUGUGGAGAAACUCUGGGUAGAAGUGGGUGGCAGGGUGAAUCAGGAACUCAAGUACACGCGGCAGAAGAUCGGAGAGGAGGCCAUGUUUAGUCCUCAGCUCAUGAUACAGACGCCACGACAGGAAGGUACUAACAUUCUGACCGUAGAGGCGCUGAAGCAGCACCUCGACUCCGCCAUAAAGGCCAGCAGAGUGCACGUUUACAUGUACAACAGGCAAUGGAAAUUGGAACAUUUAUGCUACAAAUCAGGAGAACUUUAUACAGAAAACAAUCUUGUGGACCAGAUUAUAGAGAAACUGCACCCAUGUCUGAUCAUCACUCCUCUAGACUGCUUCUGGGAAGGUGCUAAGCUACAUUCAGGAACAGUCUACCUCCCUGGCAAAUCCCCAGUGCAGUGGACCAACUUUGAUCCGAUAGGAUUCAUUGCUGAGCUGAAGAUGCUAAACAAUCCGGUGGACAUCUGGGAGGAGAUGCUGGUCAAAGCAGGGGUGGGCCAUGGCUACAUGGAUCGCCCCUGCCUGAAUCCCGCGGACCCUGACUGCCCAUUGUCAGCUCCCAACAAGAACAUGACACGGCCUUUUGACGUGGCUCAUGUUCUGACUGGUGGCUGCUAUGGGCUUUCCAAAAAGUACAUGCACUGGCAGGAGGAGCUUAUCGUAGGUGGGACCAAGAAGAACGACAGCGGCAAACUUCUAAGUGCACAGGCUCUUCAGACCAUGUUCCAACUCAUGACCCCAAAGCAGAUGUACGAGCACUUGAAGGACUACGAUGAAGUCUCACACAUCAACUGGAAUGAGGACAAAGCAGCUGCUGUUCUAGAGGCCUGGCAAAGGAGAUACUCUGAGGCCGUCCAGCAGAGUGUGUCUGUAAAUUCGUCUCAGAAAGUUCUCACGUUCACCACCACCACCCUCGAAGACAUCCUUAAGUCCUUCUCUGAUGUCAGCGUGAUCCGUAUCGCCAGUGGCUACCUCCUAAUGCUUGCCUAUGCCUGUCUGACCAUGCUGCGGUGGGACUGCGCCAAGUCUCAGGGGGCAGUCGGGCUGGCCGGAGUGUUGCUGGUCACUCUUUCUGUCGCCGCUGGACUGGGACUCUGCUCGCUUUUGGGCAUCUCCUUUAACGCCGCUACCACACAGGUGUUGCCGUUCCUGGCCCUUGGUGUAGGGGUGGACGAUGUCUUUCUUCUGGCUCAUGCUUUCAGCGAGACUGGCCAGAACAAAAGGAUUCCAUUUGAGGACCGCACUGGUGAAUGUCUGAAGAGGACUGGGGCUAGUGUGGCCUUGACCUCCAUCAGUAAUGUCACAGCAUUUUUCAUGGCCGCCCUUAUUCCAAUCCCAGCACUCCGAGCCUUCUCCUUACAGGCGGCAGUGGUCGUGGUCUUUAAUUUCGCUAUGGUGCUGCUGAUCUUUCCUGCCAUCCUCAGCAUGGACCUGUACCGCCGAGAGGACCGCCGCUUUGACAUUUUCUGCUGCUUUGUCAGCCCUUGUGCUAACCGGGUGAUCCAUUUGGAGCCGCAGGCAGCGUACGCCGACUCCUCCGCUGACUCGAGCCGCUACAGCACUCCGCCCUCCUACAGCAGCCACAGCUUCGCCCAGCACACCCAAAUCACCAUGCAGUCCACCGUACAGCUGCGCACAGAGUACGACCCCAGAACACAGGCCUACUACACCACGGCAGAGCCACAUUCUCACAUCUCCGUCCAACCCUUUGCCCCCAAUGCCAAUCCCAACUCCAACCGCAACAACAAUAACAACAACAACAACCACAACAACAGCAGCGCAGGGCCAGCAGCGGCCUCUGAUACAGCAUCCUGCCAAAGCCCUGAUGGUGCUAGCUCCACACGAGACUUGCUAUCUCAGUUUGGGGAGUCGAGUUUACGCUGUCUGGAACCUCCGUGUUCUCGAUGGACGUUUGCAUCAUUCGCUGAGAAUCAUUACGCACCGUUUUUGCUGCAGCCUACAACAAAGGUGGUGGUAAUUUUGCUCUUCUUGGCAUUGCUCGGGGUCAGUCUUUACGGCACCACCUGCGUCCGGGACGGUUUAGAGCUGACUGACAUUGUGCCUAGGGAGACGGGCGAAUACGACUUCAUCCGUGCCCAAUUCCGCUACUUUUCCUUCUACAACAUGUAUGUGGUGACCCAGAGAGCGGACUACGCACAGAUCCAGCCUCAGCUCUAUGAGCUGCACCAACGAUUCGGCACUGUGAAGUACGUCCUGCGGGAGGAGAACAGCCAGCUCCCACGCAUGUGGCUGCAUUACUUCAGAGACUGGCUGCAAGGUGUGCAGGAGGCAUUCGAUAAGGACUGGCAGGCCGGUAGGAUCACUCAGGGGAACUACAGGAACGGCUCUGACGAUGGUGUCCUGGCCUACAAACUCCUGGUGCAGACCGGCCGCAGGGAUAAGCCAGUAAACAUCAACCUGCUAACCAGACAGCGGUUGGUGGGUGCCGAUGGAAUCAUCAACCCAAACGCCUUCUAUAUUUAUUUAUCUGCCUGGGCGAGCAAUGACCCGGUUGCCUACUCCGCAUCCCAGGCCAACAUCCGUCCACACCCUCCUGAGUGGCUCCAUGACAGGACAGACUCCAUUCCUGUCAGCAGACUCAACAUUCCGGCUGCUGAGCCCAUCGAAUAUGCACAGUUUCCCUUCUACCUCAACGGGCUUCGUGAGACGCCACAGUUCGUGGAGGCCAUCGAGAGUGUACGUGCCAUCUGUAGCAACUACAGCCGCCAGGGCCUGCCCAGCUACCCCAAUGGCUACCCCUUCCUCUUCUGGGAGCAGUACGUAGGCCUGCGUCACUGGCUCCUGCUGUCCAUCAGCGUCGUGCUGGCCUGCACCUUUCUAGUGUGCGCCGUCUUCCUGCUCAACCCCUGGACUGCGGGAAUCAUAGUGUUGGUGUUGUCUUUGAUGACGGUGGAGCUGUUUGGCAUGAUGGGAUUGAUCGGCAUCAAGCUCAGCGCUGUGCCCGUUGUCAUCCUCAUCGCUUCUGUUGGCAUCGGUGUGGAGUUUACCGUCCACGUGGCACUAGCAUUCCUCACAGCCAUCGGGGACAGGAACAAACGAGCCGUUUUAGCACUUGAGCACAUGUUUGCCCCAGUGCUGGAUGGAGCGUUUUCCACCCUGUUAGGAGUCUUGAUGCUGGCAGGGUCAGAGUUCGACUUCAUAGUCAGGUAUUUCUUCGCUGUUUUGGCCAUCCUAACAGUAUUAGGGGUCCUGAAUGGACUGGUGCUGCUCCCAGUCUUAUUGUCCUACUUUGGCCCUUAUCCUGAGGUAUCUCCAGCGGACGGACGAAGCCGGCUGCCCACCCCGUCUCCAGAGCCUCCCCCACAGGUGGUCCGCUUCACCAUGCGGCCCAGUCACACGACCCCUGGAGCAGGUUCAGACUCCUCAGACUCAGAAUACGGUUCCAACACUACUGUGUCUGGCAUUAGCCAAGAGCUUCAGCAAUAUGACCUCCAGCCCAACAGGGGGCGAUCAGCCAGACUGGAAGAGGUGCAGAUCGCCACAGGGGGACGACAAGGCAGUCGUCAAGUUGAAUUGCCAAUGUGUCCUUCUUACUCAGAUGACUCUAGACAGCAGCAACCACAGCGGCAUUACAGGUCUACCCAUCUGCCCAGUUCUCAGGAUGCUGGACCUCAGUCGUCAAAGCGAUACUGUAGCAGGGACCCUAAGAGGGAUUUUGGGAGCGGACACCCGCCUCCCCCUCACAGGCCGCGCAUGGAUGCUUUUGAAACCGCGCCUGAGCCAGGAGGCCGUUCAGGCCCCAACCACCGGGAACGUUCAGGGGCCCAUCGCCCCCGUUCCCACAAUCCUUACUCUCACCCUUCCCAGCCGUCCACAGGCCCUGCCUAUGGUCAGCCCAUCACAACGGUGACGGCCUCGGCCUCGGUGACGGUCGCCGUUCAUUCGGGGAUGCCCGGCCAGAGCUCUACCUACCCGUCCCACCCCUCCAAUGACAGCUAUCACACUUCAGAAGAUGUCUACACUGACCCUCUCUUCUCCGACCCUCACGUGCCCUUUGACGAGAGCAACAACAGCUCAAAAGCGGAGGGCAUGGAGCUGCAUGAUCUAGAAUAUGACACUCCCAAUGUCUGCCACACAAGACCCUCCAGCUGAGUGGUUGAAUGUUGAAGCUCAAACAGCCAAAGAUGGGACAUCUGUCUGCCAGCGUGGCAUAAAUACAUGGUGCUGCAUGGCGGGGACACUUUGACCAGCGGCGCCAUUUCGGUGCUUGACUCUGUUACUGUAUAACCCUGGUGUAUUAUUGUUAGAUAUUUCUAAGUAUUUAUGUGUACACAAAUGUAAAUAAUGAAUGAGAGUAGCUAUAAUUUGACCGGGAUCGUCAGACUUGUGUGUUCCAAGUGCCCACCCAUCAUUUGGGUAUCUGUGCCAUAAGGAAACUUCAUUCUUGACAAACAUUUCAGCAUACAGUCGUUGCUGCUUAUGAUAUUGUUGUAAUGUUUGUAUAAUGCUAUGCAAUUAUUUUCUCUAAUUUUAUAGAACUGUGCGUGUGAGAGUAUGAAAAUGUACAGUUUUUGUUGUUGUUGUAUGUGUGCAUGUAUGAAUAUUUUGGUCCACGUCAGGCCCCCUAGACCCCUCAGAUGCAUAUUAACUAACAAGAACAAACACUAAGUGGCCUAACAUUAUAUGUUGAAUGAUUUUGUGGCAGUUCCAUUGCACUUACGGUACACUUCUGUUCAGAACACCAGUACAAAACUGCACAGAUACUUUCACUUUCAGAGGACACAUUCAGGGAAAUGAUAUUUGUUCAGACAUAUGCUAGAACACGUAGAACUUCACAUUAAUAUCCAGUUGUUUGCCGACAAGCAUCAGAUGUUUAAGCGUGCGUGCGGAUGUUUGCGUUUUGUGUAUAUUGAAGCGUUAGAGUUUAUGCUUUUUUAUUUUAAUUUGCUUAUCACAAACCUGUGGUAGUUCAAAAAAAAACAAAUACUGUUUAACAUUGAAACACGCUAUGCGUGAGAAUUUAGCUGAGCAGAAAUGAAGAAGGAAACGAGUGAUUGUUGGGUGACUGUGCCUCUGUUUUUCUGUCCUCUGUACUGGAACUCUCUCUGGCCUCUUGUAUUCUCUUCAUAUUCCAGUUAUUUACUGUAAAACGGUCAUAUGCGGCCACCCUAAAUUUGCUCAUGACUCCAACUUUGCAUUACUAAGGUAAUGUAAUGUGACGGUUAUUUCGGGUUUUCAUUGUAGCGUUUUUUUUGUUCGUUUUUUACGGUACGGCAUUAUUUCUGUUCAAUCAUGGUUUAAGCUAAAACAUUACUGUUAAAACAAUAUCCGCUCUGAUUCUGGUGACGUAACUUUUUUUGGUCUUUUUCGUUUUUGUUUUAAUAAGCUAUGCUAACGAGCAAUCUCAAGGUGUGCGUCGCAUAACGGCCGAUCAUGACGAUGGUUUUUGUCAAUUCGUUGACCUCCUCAAUGACAAACCACAACUACUGGCCCUAAUUUAGCACGAGCAGUUCUCUGCGCUGACCUCACCUCAUAAAAAUCCACAACAUAACGCUGUGACACUAAUUGGACAUUCCCCCCUCAACUGCCAAAUGGUGCAAGCGAGUGCUUUAAGGGUCAAGGGUCAUGGAGCCCCCACUCCUCCAUGGCUCUGAAGCUGGCAUGUGUGUCUUUAACAGUGUGUUUGUGUUUGCUGCGACCCCCUCGUCCAGAUUGACUUCCUGUCAAACAUGUGUUUGUUCUUGACAAAGACUUUGAGAGCUGUUCUGUGUUGUUUGUUUGUUGUGUUUGUGUUCUCCUAAAUGUCACAUUGGCAGAAAUGGGAGAAAAUCAUGGCUGGCAACUAUUGUAAUGUUUAUAUAUAUAAAUAUAUAUAUUCUAUUUUUUUUUUUUUUUUUUUACAGUUGUUUUGCAAUAUUUAUAUUUUUGUAUAAUAAGAUGUUUUGUUCAAUUAUGGUCAUAAUGCCAGUUCUUAACAAUGCAGGGAUUUUUACGUCUGUCGGAAAACACUAUUAUUACAGUUUCUUUGUUACAAUAAUGGAUUUUGAUCUGUAUAAAGUGCUUACUAAUGUUAAAUAGGAAAAAAGAGUAUAUAACAUUUACCUUACAGAUUCAUCAUAGCUCUUAGAGGAUUUUAAAAGGAAAAAAUAAUGUUUUUUUUUUACAGACUGCCAUUUUUUCCCAUUGUUUUGGCGUGGAUGUAUGUCGUUUUCAGUUACAAAGAUAAAUGUAUGCCAUAUAAUUUAUUUAUAUGAAAAUUUAUUUUUGUAGUGUACAUAGUAGUUGUCAAGUUAUUUGACAGAAGUAUAUUUUUAAAGAGUUUAUAUGUAAUGCUACCAUUUUUGUGAGAACAUAACUGAGAAGACAUUAAGAUGCACACUUUCAUUGCUAACUUGUUCUCUGACAACUAAAGUUCCCCUGUUACAGUGUUAUAUAGACGAGAGUGAGUCCAAUCUGAAGACUGUUUUUGGGUUUUGUGAAAAGCUAGCCAUGAAAGUAGAACAAAUGUACUAGCUCUCUAAAUAAUAAUGUUCAAACACUGAUAGAAUUCUAACAAAUAAAAAUAUUAUAACUUA